UUAACUCACCCACCUUGUCUCUCUAAUACUGACACAGCUACAAUCGCACUGCAAGGAGACAGUAUUAACAUUCCUACUUUAUGAAGAAUCCCAUAGGAUUUGUAAUAACUAGCUGACAGUCACUGCUGUUUUGUUCCUUACCUGAAAAACGGCACGUUUAUCAGCAUGGGGGGGCCCCCCCUUAGGCAUUGAUUCAGUACUGACUCUCCCAAGAGUGCCACGUAAUCACUUGCCAAACUAUCAGGUGUCCCUAGGUCAGUGAUCUCCCCUGCAAGUACUGAGCUGGCUUAGCCUUCCAUUACUUGUGAGAACGGUGGGGAUCAUGGAAGUAGGUGGUAUGACUGAAGGCCACUGUUCUCUUUAUUAUCACCUUUUUCUUCCUAUGUAUCAUACUGAAUUUUAAACGUGCUGACCUUUAAAAUGCUGUCUUCAAGGAGUAGAGAUCAAUCUGUUACAACAUACGCAGUUCAGUGCCUCAAGUGCACAACUUCUCCAGUGUGAGUCCAGUUAUGCAACAGCGUGCUGUGAGAUUUUCAGGGAGGAAUGUGAUUCUACACUCGCAUGCAAGACAUGACCUCACACAUACGGUGGGUGCAAGGUCAUGCUGUGGUGAGGAUACUGCAGUUAUGUAAAUUAGGAUGGAAAAGGGUUGUUCUGGCAUAAGCUGUUAAAUGUUUGCUUUUUAACUAGAGCACCCAAUGAAAUUAAAGCUUUGUCCACGCUAUGAAUAUGCAGUGCCUAAAUUUCAAAUGUAAUUUGCUGAUGCAGAGCCUUUCACUGAGAUUCAACUACCUGUGCCACUGACUAGGUUUAUUUAUAUUUGCAGUAGUGCCUAAGGGCCCUGUAGAAACAAGACACAGAGACAGUCUGCCCCAGAAAGCUCUGACUUUGUCUUUGUACAUUUCAUGAGAAUCAAGGAUUUAUGGACUUUAAGGGAUGUUAUUUCAUUUGCUGCUUAACGAGUACUGAUUAUUUUUUUCAUCUUCAGACAAAUUUUGCCUGAGGUGGUGAUAAGAAUAUUACACUUAAUGAAGGCCUACAGGAAAGUAUAGAAUGUCUCUGUAAUACAGCAGUUUAUUGAAGCAAUGGUACAAAAAGGCUUUGGAAAGGGAUUGUAUUUGGUAAAUAAAACCUGAGGGUCCCCUGGGGCCCUAUGGUUCCUCUUAAAGUAGUGGAAUGUUAAUCUAAUCUCUUCCCAUUGGUCAGGGAAAUGUUUGUCCAGAUGUCUAGCUUUUCCAUAAAAGAUAAGUGUUACCAGACUUGGCAUGCAUUUGAGAGAGAAGUGCUAGCAAAGAACAUUGAUAGAAAAAUGACACUAACUAUUGAUUUGGUUAUACUAUUUUUAUGCCUUGGAGUUGCAUAUCCUGGCGUGACUGGAAUUUUUAUGGACAAACUUGCCAGCAAAAAGCUCUGUGCUGAUGAGGAGUGUGCUUACACCAUUUCCCUUGCCAGAGCAGAAGAUGAUUACAACGCACCAGACUGCAGGUUCAUUAAUAUUAAAAAAGGGCAGUUGAUUUAUGUUUAUUCAAAACUAGUGAAAGAGAGAGAAGCUGGAGAGUUCUGGGCUGGAAGUGUGUAUGGUGAGCAGUAUGAAGACCAGAUGGGAACAGUUGGCUACUUCCCUAGCAGUUUAGUCUCUGAGCAGUAUGUUUAUCAAGAAGCUAAUAAGACAAUCCCUACAACGGCCAUUGACUUCUUCUGUGAAUAGUACCGGUAUGUGGCUGGGUCAUCACCAGGCGGAUACCAAGAGACUCUGAUGGAUAUAAACCUGAAAACCCAUGGCCGACUACUCCGAAUUCUUUUUCUUUCUUGUUUGUAAAAUAAUACAUUUAUUUCUAAAUAAGAAUUUGUUGAAAGGGAGUGAUUGCUGGGGAAAAAAGUUUAAAACCUUAGAUAUAAACCACAUGGCAUAUGCUUCGAAAGUCUUUCUACCUGAAAUUACUUUGUUAUAUUCAUUGGUAAGUUAGCACCCUUUAAACUACUGCAUUGUCAUAUUCAAAGUUAUCUAAUAUUUGAGGUAAGACUUUAAAUAUCUUAUGUUGCAUUUAUUUUCUCACUA